CCGCCCGCCCGCGCUGGCCCGGAGCCUCCCAGGCAGCCAGCGAGCGAGGGGAGCGCUCGGGGAUGGGACUUGGAGGCGGCGGCCAAGGAGGAUACAGCGGCAGCGGCGCGGGCUUCUUGCUCGGCUCCCGCGAGCGGUCCCCGAAGACACCCGCGGCUCUCGACGCGGCACGGAGGCCCACGAGGAAGACCCAGGUGGCCGCGUCGCUGUCUCGCGUUCCGGGCGCCGGCGGCGGCUGCAGCUUUGCCCCCUUUCCCCUUCUUGAAGAUGGAAAAGAUGCUGGUGGGCUGCCUCCUGCUGAUGCUCGGACAGACCCUCCUCCUUCCGGCCAAGGCCAGGGAAAGGCCACCCUCGAGGUCCAUCUCCAGAGGCAGACACGCUCGGACCCACCCCCAGACGGCCCUCCUGGAGAGCUCCUGUGAAAAUAAGCGUGCAGACCUGGUCUUCAUCAUUGACAGCUCCCGCAGUGUCAACACCCACGACUAUGCCAAGGUCAAGGAGUUCAUCAUGGACAUCUUGCAGUUCUUGGACAUCGGCCCUGAUGUCACCAGAGUGGGCCUGCUCCAAUAUGGCAGCACCGUUAAGAAUGAGUUCUCCCUCAAGACCUUUAAGAGGAAGUCCGAGGUGGAGCGCGCCGUCAAGAGGAUGAGGCACCUCUCCACGGGCACCAUGACGGGCCUGGCCAUCCAGUACGCCUUGAACAUUGCGUUCUCUGAAGCAGAGGGUGCCCGGCCCCUGAGGGAAAAUGUGCCGAGGGUCAUAAUGAUCGUGACGGAUGGGAGACCACAGGACUCUGUGGCCGAGGUGGCUGCAAAGGUGCGGGACACAGGCAUCCUGAUCUUUGCCAUUGGUGUGGGCCAGGUGGACCUCAACACGCUGAAGGCCAUUGGGAGCGAGCCUCACGAGGACCACGUCUUCCUGGUGGCCAACUUCAGCCAGAUGGAGUCGCUGACCUCGGUGUUCCAGAACAAGUUGUGCGUGGUCCACAUGUGCAGCCUCCAGGAGCACAACUGUGCGCACUUCUGCAUCAACACCCCAGGCUCGUACGUCUGCAGGUGCAAACAAGGAUACAUCCUCAACUCGGAUCAGACGACCUGCAGAAUCCAGGACCUGUGUGCAGCAGAGGACCACGGCUGUGAGCAGCUGUGCGUGAACGUGCUGGGCUCCUUUGUCUGCCAGUGUUACAGCGGCUACACCCUGGCAGAGGACGGCAAAAAGUGUGUGGCUGUGGACCACUGUGCCGCAGAAAACCAUGGAUGCGAACACGAGUGUGUGAAUGCUGAUGGCUCCUACUUUUGCCGGUGCCCUAAAGGAUUUUCCCUGAAUCCAGAUAAAAAGACAUGCUCAAAGAUAGACUACUGUGCCUCCCGGAAUCACGGAUGUCAGCACAAGUGUGUUAACACAGAUGGUUCCUAUUCCUGCCGCUGCCUAAAAGGCUUUACCCUGAAUCCAGAUAAGAAAACCUGCAGAAGGAUCAACUACUGUGCGCUGAAGAGGCCAGGCUGUGAGCACGAGUGUGUCAACACAGAGGACGGCUACUACUGCCGCUGCCACCGGGGCUAUGCCCUGGACCCCAACGGCAAGACCUGCAGCCGCGUGGAUCACUGCGCGGAGCAGGACCAUGGCUGCGAGCAGCUGUGUCUCAACACAGAGGAGUCCUUCGUCUGCCAGUGUUCGGAAGGCUUCCUCAUCAACGAGGACCUCAGGACCUGCUCCCGGGCUGAUUAUUGCUUGUUGAGCGACCAUGGUUGUGAAUACGCCUGCGUCAACACGGACACAUCCUUCGCCUGCCAGUGUCCCGAGGGCCACGUACUCCGCAGUGAUGGGAAGACCUGUGCCAGAUUGGAUGCAUGUGCCUCGGGGGACCACGGCUGUGAACACUCGUGUGUAAGCGGUGAAGACACCUUUGUGUGCCAGUGCUUUGAAGGGUAUAUACUCCGUGAAGAUGGGAAAACCUGCAGAAGGAAAGACGUCUGCCAAGCAGUGGACCAUGGCUGUGAGCACAUCUGUGUGAACAGUGGCGAGUCAUAUGUCUGCAAGUGCUUGGAGGGCUUCCGGCUCGCUGGGGAUGGGAAACACUGCAGAAGGAAGGAUGUCUGCAAAUCGGCCCACCAUGGCUGCGAACACAUCUGCAUUAAUCGUGGCGAUUCCUACAUCUGCAAGUGCUCGGAGGGAUUUGUUCUAGCGGAGGAUGGAAGACGGUGCAAGAGAUGCUCCGAAGGCCCGGUCGACCUGGUCUUCGUGAUCGAUGGAUCCAAGAGCCUCGGAGAAGAUAAUUUUGAGAUUGUGAAGCAGUUCGUCACCGGAAUUAUAGAUUCCUUGGCGAUCUCCCCCAAAGCCGCUCGAGUGGGGCUGCUACAAUACUCCACGCAGGUCCGCACGGAGUUCACCUUGAGGGACUUCAGCUCAGCCAAGGACAUGAAAAAGGCCGUGGCCCACAUGAAAUACAUGGGCAAGGGCUCCAUGACGGGGCUGGCCCUGAAGCACAUGUUUGAGAGAAGCUUCACCCAGGUAGAAGGGGCCAGGCCUCUCUCCACGCGGGUGCCCCGGGUGGCCAUCGUGUUCACAGAUGGACGGGCCCAGGACGACGUCUCCGAGUGGGCCAGUAAAGCCAAGGCCAACGGUAUAACUAUGUAUGCCGUCGGGGUAGGAAAAGCCAUUGAGGAAGAACUGCAAGAGAUUGCCUCUAAACCCACCAACAAGCAUCUCUUCUAUGCUGAAGACUUCAGCACAAUGGGCGAGAUAAGUGAGAAACUAAAGAAAGGCAUAUGUGAAGCUCUGGAAGACUCUGAUGGAAGUCAGGACUCCCCAGCAGGGGAACUGCCGAAGAAGGUUCACCAGCCAACAGAAUCUGAGCCAGUCACCAUAAGUAUCCAAGACCUACUUUCCUGUUCUAAUUUUGCAGUGCAACACAGAUAUCUGUUUGAAGAAGACAGUCUUUCACGGUCUUCACAAAAGCUGUUCCAUUCUACAAAAUCUUCAGGAAGUCUUUUGGAAGAAAAACCUGAUCAAUGCAAAUGUGAAAACCUUAUCAUGGUCCAGAAUCUUGCAAAUGAAGAAGUAAGAAAAUUAACACAACGCUUAGAAGAAAUGACACAGAGGAUGGAAGCCCUGGAAAAUCGCCUGAGAUACAGAUGAAGACUCGAAAUGGUCGUUUGUCUGGCACUGUAUGAAGGAUCACAAUGAAAGCAGUUUGAGCCCCGAAGCUCAGGCUACAGUCAGUUCUGUAAGGUUGUCAAGUACCAAGAAAGCCCGUUUGCCAUAGAACAAAGGUGAAAAGUAGACACUAAUUUGUAUAAAUUUAAUGAGAGAAAGAAUCCCUCGGAACCUUAAAAUGAGUUUACCAAGUCAGAACAAAUAAGCUAUGCAAGAUACUCUGUGACAUACUGUGGACAUGAUUUGCUUUUGCCUCAUCCUGCCUUAGAUGCUGCGAUCUCAUUUGGCCACAAAGUACAGUUUGCACGGUCUUCCUUCUGCACAACACUGGCUAUAGGAAAAGCCAUUUUUUUUUGUAUUGGACUUUACCUUGAUAUAUGUAUAUGGACAUAUGCAUAAAAUCAUAGGACAUGUACUAGUUGGAUAUUUUAGUACAAUAUUAAAAUUCACUUCAGAGAAUGGUAUACUGUGUAAAAUUCUUAAUUUAACUUUAAAUACUAGGAAUGUGAGAUAUGGCCAAUAUGCAUAUGAAAAAAAGGUCCACUCUCCAUGGCAAUCAGGAAAAUGCAGGUGGAAACAAUAGCUGUUGUUUUAUCCUCACUUGGCAACAGUGAGUACGUGUGACCAUGACAUGUGUUGGUAAGAACGUGGGAACCUGGGGCUCUGGGACACUGUGAGCGAGAAUGCGAACACUGGAGAAUGGCAACGUCCAGCAGAACAGAAUGGGCACGCCCCUGUACUCCGGCCACUGCACUCUGGCAGGGCUGAGACCCACACGAGAAUGCUGCUGGAGUGCACGGAAAUGAACAGAUCAGAAAUAUCCUAACCAUCAGAGGGGGACGCGUGAAUUGUGGCACAGCCCAUGCCUUAGAAAUGAGGUGGAGCUCCAAAGAGGAACACACUACGUCUACACGUACACGUGGUUAAACACAAAAACAGAGCCGAAUUUAAAAAGCCAACAGUAAAGUAUGUUUGGCAUACUGCUGUUUCUAUAAAUUCAAAUGGCCGCAAGCAUUACUAUUUGUUCAGAUACAUAAAGUACAUUUAAGUGUAAGACAUGUUCUGGAAGGAACGGCUGUCCCUGAGAAAUUAAGGAGGUGGGAAUAGGGACAGGGUCAAAGGUGAAGGCACCUAGAGCACCAAGAAAACACCACGGGAAGUAGCUUCAUUAUGAGAUCUUCCCAUGGAUUUUGGAGGCGAAAUGAUGCCUGACAAACAGAAUCCCUUGACUAAGCUUCAUGGUUAAAUAUUUGAAGACAAGCAUUCAUUACGAUGUCCUCCCAAAGGGCAGUGUGGUGCAGUGGAGAGAACUUCUAGGCCUUGAUUGUAUCUAAAAAUGAUUCUUUCAAAGUCUAAAAGUUGUGAUUCAAUAUUAAACCCACAGUUUAUACUUACAUGUAAGUCACCCAUUUGAUCCCCAAAACACAUUCUCAUUAGGAAGGUAAGCACUGAUUUGGGUUGGCAUCGCCUUUUGAGAUGCGACUGGCUCACUUCUACUUCCCUCUCUGUUGAGUCCUGGCUCCCUCUAGUGGCUCUGGGCUGCCCACGCUCCUGGUUUUUUAAGCUAUACACACUUGACAAGGGUUUUCAACUUUCAACUUGGUGAGAAAAAUGCCUUCAAGGAAGCAACCAACCCAUCAACUUUAGAUUAAUUCAUAUUUAACUUGAAGAUUGUCUAAAACGGAAAUAUUUCGCCAUUUUCCUUGUUUUGCUAUCU